GAAAGUGCAACAAUUCUGCUACAAUUAAUGUUUAGGCGUUUUCUUUCACUGUGUGUGUGUAUGUGUUGGUGAUGGAAAUUAGAAAUUCCAAAUUCAGUAAUAGCAACAAACCAUCAGCAUCAUUCAACAAACAUUCAAAUGGCAGCAUUGUUUAGGUAUCGAACGUUUUCAUUUCGUCAUCGGUUACGUUUGAAUUUCGUGAUUGUGGUGGAAUAAUAUUGUUGAUGAAUGAAAAAAAAAACGAAAACUAAACGUUUCACACAUGUCAACGAUUGUUUUUUUUCAAAUUGAAUUCAAUCAGCAGCAACAAGAAAAAAAAAUUCAUUCUCACCGAUGAAACUUUAGCGUCAGCAGAUUUUAAACUAUACAGCCAUCGAUACUAACGACUGAAUCAAUCAAUCAAUCUACUUGCAUACUUUGAACAUAAAUCGAAACAACAACAACAACAAAAAAAAUGCAGCCAAAACAAGGACUAUUAAUUGCUGAAAAUUCCACUAUAAGUGAUGAUCAAUUGAACAAGAUUAUACGUCGUAAUGAAUCGAUUGAAGAUUAUUAUCAUAUUGAACGGGAAGUGUUUGCACGGGGUAAAUUUGCUUGUGUACGUCGUGUUAAACAUCGACAAACUGGCCGACAAUAUGCAGCAAAAAUAAUGAAAAGACGACGAUUAAGACAUGGUGAUGUUACCGAUGAAAUUUUACAUGAAAUUCGUGUACUUUUAUCUGCAGCUGAUUCUGAUCGUAUUGUACGGCUAUAUGAAGUAUUUGAAACCCGGUUAGAUUUUACUUUGAUACUUGAAUUAGCCGAAGGUGGUGAAUUACAAAAAGUAUUGGAUGAUGAAGAAUCAAUCGAUGAAAGACAAUGUCGUCGUCUUAUACGGCAAAUAAUCGAAGGCAUAAGAUAUUUACAUCAGAAACAUAUUGCCCAUCUAGAUAUCAAGCCACAAAAUAUACUGCUCACUGACGCCCUACCUAAUGGCGAUGUAAAAUUAUGUGAUUUUGGUAUAUCUCGUAUGAUUGAAGAUCAUUGUGAAGUUCGUGAAAUAAUGGGUACCGUUGAUUAUAUGCCUCCUGAAAUUCUUCAAUAUGAACCAAUAUCAUUAGCAUCUGAUUUGUGGAGUCUUGGUAUCGUAACCUAUGUAUUAUUGAGUGGUCAUAGUCCAUUCGGUGGUGAUGAUAAACAGCAGACAUAUUCAAAUAUAACAAGUAGUGAUCUCGAAUUUCCUGAUAAAUUAUUCAGCCAUAUAACAGAUGAUGCCAAAAAUUUUAUUAGAAAAUUAUUGAAUCGAGAUCCAAAAAAACGAUUAAAUUGUGAUGAAUGUCUACAACAUCCAUGGUUAUUAUUGGAUAAUAAUAACAUGUGUGAAACAUCAUCAAUCAAUGAUCUUAAACAUACGAUUGAUUCAAAUAAUCAAACAUCCGAUUUGGAUGAUGAAGAAGAUGAUGAUGAUAAACAUUCAGAUGAUGAUGAUGAUGAUGAUGAUGAUGAAGAUCUGGCGAUGGCUAAAUCUCGUUCAACAUCUGAUUCGAAAUCCUCAUCAAUGACAUUAUCAUCCAUUAGUUCAUUGGAAGAUCCAUUGGAUCACCACCACCACCACCACCAACAACAACAACAACAACCAUUAGAACAACAAAAUGUUGUUGAAAAAGAUUCAUUAUUGCCAUCAAGUAAUUGUGAUUCAGGUUUAGGCGAGAAUAUCUGUGAUACAAUGUUGACAAAUGAUGACAUCACUAAAGCCAACAACAAUAAAAUGGAUAGCUGUCAAAAUGUACAAAUUGAUAAUAAUGUAACAAAUCAAGCCAUUGAAUCAAUGAAUUCUGGUCAAAGUUCAAAUGAUAAUGUUGUUGAUGAUGAUAAAGAAAAUCAAAUACCACCACAACCUGAACAAAAUCUACUUAGUCCAUUUAUUAUGAAUACAAAAUAUCAUCAUAAACGUCUUUCAUCGGAUAUAUUUCCCGAUCGUAAAUCAAUUAUUGCAAUUGUAUCAAAUUCAUUACAAUCAACAUCGAAAAAAUCUACUUCUGAAAGUUCAAUGUCAUCGUCAUCAUCGACGACAAUUUCCGGUGAUCGAACAUCAAGAACAUUGCUGGUUAAUGUUCAAAAUCAACAGAUGAUGAUGAUGAUGUCAUCUAAACAAGAAAAUUCUGUUAAUUCUAUCAUCAAUAAUGAUCAUUCACCACCAUCGACACCAUCGAAAAAAUUUUAUCUAUCCAUUGAUGAUUAUGAUAUCAAUGAUGAUGAUAAUAAUCAUUGGAAAAGACGUUAUUCAAAUCUACGUUCAUUAUCAAUGGAACGUUUGAAUACGUCGCCUUUACAUAAUGAUGAUGUGUAUGAUAAUCAUAUAUCAACCAUUCCAUUGGCCACUGUUGAAACACAUUCAAUAACAACAUCGGCAACAAUGGAUAGUUUAUUUACCAAAAAGAUCAAUGAUAAUAAUACGAAUCCAUCGUUAUUUCAACAUCAUCAUCAACAAACUGCCAUGAUGACAACGACAAAAACGACCAUCAUUCAUCAAACAUCAUUACCAAUGAUAAAGAUAUCAACCAACAAUAAUAAUGAUGUUGAUGAUGAUGAUGGCUAUAGUUUUUAAAUACAGGUCAACAACAACAAUAAUCAUUGAUGAUGAUAACAUCAAACACGAUUAAUCAACCUAAAAAAAGUCUAUAUUAACAAUUAAUUAAUCAUACAAUCGGCAAAUACAAAUAAUCAAAUGUUUUGUUAUUUCAAGAGC